AUGGCCAUCUUAAAAGGAGAAUGUCCUAGUCCCUUUUUACAAGCUUCCCUGUUCCCAGAGGUUGGUGGAUACAUCGACGGGAGAUACUGCGCAGAACUCUCUACCAAUCUCACAUGCUGCAUCCCAUGUCCUCUUGCUGACUGGAGAUAUCCCAACGAUACCUCGGCAAAAGCCAAUAUCGCGGGUUGGAUUAGUGUCGCCCUACUACCUCUUUGUAUCUUCCUUCUGACCUCAUACGCCGUUCUUCCUGCAAAAUGGACGAACCGUCACUAUCUAAGUACAUGCAUUACUUUGGGCAUCUUCUGCAUGGAGAUUGCAUUCAUUAUCCCCCUCGGCGCAAAACCUGACCUAUGCUAUAAUGAAAUCACACCGAACGAUAUGUACUCCAAUCUCUCCUGCGCUUUCUCGGGAUCUCUAUUACUAUUCGGUGGAUGGAUGGUGUGCAUGUGGAGUUUCAUCCGAACGAUCGCGUUUCACCUGCAGGUGUGCUGGGAAGUCGUCUUAGGACGAAAAUUUAUGUGGGGAGCUUUCGUUUGUGGAAUUGGCAUCCCUGCCAUUGGAAUGACCGUGAUGCUGGUAUUAACCGGUGUGUCAUUCCGAUUUGGGGAAGUCUGUCAUAUCAAUAUCCCCCAUGGACUGCAGGACUACUGGGCACCUUUGAUGGCAUUCACAGUCGUGUCAUUGGUUCUACAGCUGUCGACAAUGAGCUACUGCAUACACAUCUAUCUACGGUCAUUUUUCGAAAAAUCCCAUACCCACAGCUCCUCUGGCCUUCCCUCAUACGCAUCAAGCGUAAACACUCAGUCCGCUCGCCAGACUUACCGCCGUAUUCGCAGUGUACUGAAGCUGCAGUGGCGCGGAGCUGCCCUCGUGUUGAUCAUCAUCGGCAACGUGAUCUUCUUCUCUGUCAUAUUUGUCAAAAUGGACAAAGAACUGGUUCUCAACAGUACCAAUAUCGCCAAAGCCAUACCGUGGCUAGAGUGUCUUGUCGAAGGUACUAGCACAGAGGAAUGGCAGGCAUGCAGAGGCAAGGCGGCAGGUAUAGGACCCAACGAGGCGACUCUACUCGCCCUGAUCUACCUCUUAGCUCUAGUCGGCUUCUGGAAUUUCAUCCUCUUUGUGCGUCCAUCCAUGUUUGUUGGCUGGGUCGAACUGUUCAAGAGCAAGUUUACGAACAAUCACGAGUUCAUCUCAGUUGAUGCACACGGUCGCCGUGCUGAUAGCAAGGGCUUCGAGAUGCUUACGAGCCAGGUCAAAAGUCCUGAGCCAGAGACGUAUAUGCGAUCGCCCACUCCUUCCGGCAUAGUCGGGCACACUCUCAGCACCAGAACCACCCCGAGACCGAGCCUUGAUGUAAGGACUCCUAUGGUCAGAGAGGCGCGGUAUGUCCGCCCGUCUAUGAGCUUCUCAGCCCCCAGAUCACCGUCGGCUCAGGCCCGGAACGAAUGGGACCCUUCAUCGUCAUUCGCUCCGGGUAGACAAAAAGAGUCGAAUUAA